AUGUCCGACGACGCAUCCUACAUGUCCUUCCUCAACAAGGCGAAUGCCGACCCUAAAUCUGGCCAAGGCUCUACAAUGGCCGAAUCCGAAUCAACCUCACAACGCCGCUCGUCGUUUGAUCCUACCUCAUCCUCAUCCUCAGAGGCCCUUCCCGCGACACUAAAGUCUCUUCCCGAUAUCACAUAUACUUCGGACACCGAUUCGCCGUUUGAGCCCGUGCUAUUCAAUUACGCUGGAUCGAGGUUGCCUUCUGCGAGCGAGUUUAAUACAGUCCUGAGCCAUGCGCAUAAGGGAAAGAGUGGUGGAGACGUAGAGGAGAUAAGUGUAGGUGAUUUCGAUCCCAAUGGCGAGUACAAGGAGAUCAUUCAGAGGGUCGAGCAAGCGGGAAAGGAAAAGAAGGGUGUCAAGGUAUUCAGAGUGCAAGCGAGCUCGACGAGGGUGGAAUAUUAUAUCCUGACCGUGGGCGAAAGGAACUUGGUCGGAGUUGUGACAAGGGCCGUUGAGAGCUAG